AUGAAGCUCCUCCUGACCAAUACAGGCGGGCUGCUGUCCAAAUACGGAGAGUUUCAGCACACCCUGUUGCUCUCAGGAGCGGAUAUUGCCAUAGUGACAGAGACGAAACUAACAGUGGAUAAAUGCUCUCACAGUGCAACUAUGAUCCCGGAAUACUGUGGCCCGAUUCGCCGAAACCGAACAGAACACGGAGGUGGCAUUGGAGUCUCGAUCAAAGCCGGCAUCGCGUACCAGCAUCUGGAUCAGUACCAGUCUGCUGAAUUCGAAACAGCCUGGCUCACCGUUGGCCAGUGCAACAGCAAAACUGUCAUAGGUGCAGCCUAUCGCCCUGGUUCCUGCGCUGACAACGAUCUGCCUCUACUCGAGCACUUAGACCAAAACAUAGAUACCAUGCGGCAGCAUGGUAAGCAUAUGAUUCUGGCUGGAGAUUUUAUUGUUCACAGCACGUCCUGGCUUGGCAGCUCUCGAACGUCAAUCGCAGGGGAGUUCUUAGAAAAAAUCAGUGCAACACACUGUCUUGUCCAGCACGUGACCCAGCCAACCCGUGGGCCAAACACAUUGGAUCUCCUCUUGUCCGACUUUCCUGGCACUGUCCACACAGCAGUAUCAUGUCCCAUCGGGCGCUCUGACCACUGUGUAGUAUUGUCCAACUUUCAGGAAAUCACUCUUGUACUGGAGCGGCCAACAAGCAGGAAAGUAUGGCGUUAUGGCCAAGCAGACUGGGGCAGGCUGAGGGCACAUUUCCGCAGCUUUGACUGGGCUGCUGUCGUCUGCGAUGUCCCCGAACUUCCAUGUGAACAACUCACAACUGUAAUUCUGGAUGGAAUGGACACGUUUAUACCAUCUAAGACCCUGACAGUACGGACGACAGACCCUUGUUGGUGGACACCUGAGUGCAGCACUGUAGUUGAAGCAAAGACUCGUGCAUGGAAACGGUGGCGUCAGCACCCCAAUGAUGGAGAUUUGCGAGCUUCAUUCAUCGACCUAGUGGCACGAACAGCUGCUAUUUUGCUGCGCGCCCAAUCAUCACAUAAUGCUCGUGUCAAAGCUAAGCUCAGCUCAGGCUCACUUAACGACAAGCAAUGGUGGUCUAACAUGAAGAUAGCUGCUGUGAUGGAGCGUGCCUCUGAGAUACCUCUGCUGAAGAACAUCGACGGCACAGAGUAUCCAACUCGCCAAGCCAAGGCCAAUUGCCUCGCCAGGUACUACUCCCAGAAGUGUAGCCUUGCAGAUGAUGAUAUGUCUCCAGACGAUCUGCCAGAAAUGCAGCAUUUGGACCGCCAUGGUCUUGACCGCAUCCAUUUCCGGCUUUCUGAUGUACGCCGCCGUCUAGCCAAGCUUAAUACAUCGAAGGCAACAUGA